UGGAGGUGUGUGGGAGCGUUUGGGAAGCGGAACUGGGAGGCGUGAAUCAUUUUUCUCGCGCACACACACACACGCGCGCGCGCACACGCACACACGCAUUUGAUUAGUGGAGCGCGUGCCGCCCGGUUUCCCUCCUCUCGAGUACCGCGUGAGCAAAAACAAGACAGACGAAGAGAAAUCCAGGCUUCCAGGCUCCUUCUGCGCAGGUUUGCCUUAAACUCGCCAUGUAACGACGCCCUUCUGGGUUUAAAUGCCAGUGGUUUGUUUUUUUUUUCCUCCCGGUGUGACAGCCGACACGGUGGACUUCUGUAGCGCGUGCCGCAGAGUGUAGGACAUUUAAAGCGAGGACAGCUUGAAUUGUGAUUUUGGAGUGGGGUUUUUUCCGAUCGUGGUGAACCCGUGGCUGGAUAUGACGCAUCAGUGCCAGUGAAGAAGAAGAAGGAGGACUAGGAGGAGGAGGAGGAGGAGGAAGGUUUGGAUCAGUAGUAAAUCCGCACCGCAGAGACAGAACCCAGGGGUGGAAGACCAUGUCGGGCACGGUGAAGUUUAAAAAGGAGAAGGAGAUCCUCACGGAGUAUGAGAGCCAAGUGAAAGAGAUCCGCUCUCAGCUGUUGGAGCAGCAGAAAUGUCUGGAGCAGCAGACGGAGAUGCGAGUGCAGCUUCUCCAGGACCUGCAGGAUUUCUUCCGCAAGAAGUCCGAGAUCGAGAGCGAGUACUCGCGCAACCUGGAGAAGCUGGCCGAGCGCUUCAUGGCCAAGACGCGCAGCACCAAGGACCACCAGCAGUACAAGAAGGACCAAAACCUGCUGUCACCUGUAAACUGCUGGUACCUGCUGCUGAACCAAGUGCGCAGAGAGAGCAAGGACCACGCCACGCUCAGCGACCUCUACCUCAACAACGUCAUCACACGCCUCUCACACGUCAGCGAGGACAACACACGCCUGCUCAAGAAAAGUAAAGAGAUCACUUUCCAGUUGCAGGAGGACCUGAUGAAGAUUCUUAAUGAACUCUAUACGGUGAUGAAAACCUACCACAUGUACCACAGCGAGACUCUGAGCUCAGAGAACAAGCUGAAGGAGGCCGAGCGGCAGGGCGAGAGACAGGGCCGAGGUGGAGAGGUGUUUAGUCUGCGCAACGAGGAGCGCCAUCAGCGCCGCAACGCCGCCCGCAAAAUCCAGAAGAUGAAGGAGAAGCGCCAGGCCAAAUACUCUGAAAAUAAGCUGAAGGUUAUGAAAGCUCGCAACGAGUAUCUGUUGACUCUGGAAGCUGCCAACGCUGCUCUGUUUAAGUACUACAUCCAGGACCUGUCCCACUUGAUUGACUGCUGUGACCUGGGCUACCACUCCAGCCUGAGCCGAGCAUUGCGCACGUACCUGUCGGCCGAGUACAGUCUGGAGACGUCUCGCCAUGAGGGUCUGGACAUCCUGGAGGGGGCAGUAGAGAGUCUGGACCCCCGCAGUGACCGCCAGCGCUUUAUGGAGACUCACCCCACUGCAUUCACACCACCUGCUCGCUUCACCUUCCAGCCUCACAUGGGGGACCAGGUGAGUCAGAUCACGGCGAUGCCGCAGGUGCAGGCUGAACUUCUUCUCCGCUAUCAGCAGCUCCAGUCUCGUCUUUCCACACUGAAGAUUGAGAACGAGGAGGUGAAGAAGACAUCAGAGGCCACCCUGAGCACCAUCCAGGACAUGCUGAACAUGGAGGACUAUGACGUGUCUGAGAGUUUCCAGCACAGCCGCUCCACCGAGUCAGUCAAGUCCAGCGUGUCCGACACCUACCUCAGCAAACCCAGCCUGGCCAAGAGACGAGCCAACCAGCAGGAGACGGAGCUCUUCUACUUCACUAAACUGCGGGAGUAUCUGGAAGGGAGUAACCUCAUCUCCAAACUGCAGGCCAAGCACGAUCUACUGAAGAGGAGCAUAGCAGAGGGAUACAGAGCAGACAUAAUGACCACCAGCCGUCGUCGGAACUCCCACAGCAGGCACCAGGACUCUGCCAAGGCCAUUCCACUGAUUGUAGAGAGCUGCAUCCGCUACAUUAACCUCUACGGUUUGCAGCACCAGGGGAUUUUCAGAGUGUCUGGCUCUCAGGUGGAAGUCAACGACAUCAAGAACUCAUUUGAGAGAGGAAACGACCCACUGACGGACGAGGAGAACAACCACGACAUCAACUCAGUGGCCGGCGUGCUGAAGAUGUACUUCCGCAACCUGGACAACUCGCUCUUCCCCAAAGAGAAGUUCAAUGACCUCAUCGCCUGCGUCCGCACGGAGAAUCUGUACGAGCGAGCGCUGUCCAUCCGAAAGCUCCUGAUGACAUCACCACGCCCCACGCUUGUGAUCAUGAGAUACCUUUUUGCAUUCCUCAAUCAUCUCUCGCAGUACAGCGAUGAGAACAUGAUGGACCCCGGGAACCUGGCCAUCUGCUUUGGGCCGACACUGAUGCCCACUCCAGAUCUGCUGGACCAGGUCUCCUGCCAGGCACACGUCAACGAGAUCAUCAAGACCAUCAUCAUCCACCACGAGGCCAUCUUCCCCGACACCAAAGAGCUGGAGGGGCCUGUCUACGAGAAGUGCAUGAGCAGCACAGAGUACUGUGAGAGUCCAUACAGUGAGCCAGGAGUGUUUGAAGAAGGAGAACAAGAUGGCGGCACUGAAACGCAGACCAGUGAAGAGGAGGGUGAGCCGGUGGAGGCCGUAGCGAAGUUUGACUAUGUAGGGCGCUCAGGUCGUGAGCUGUCCUUUAAGAAGGGAGCGUCUCUGCUGCUCUUCCAGAGGGCUUCUGAGGACUGGUGGGAGGGACGGUGUAACGGCACUGAUGGACUCAUACCACACCAGUACAUCACACUGCAGGAUGAGGAGGCCAUGUCGGACACUCUGAGCCAGAAAGCAGACAGUGAACACAGUAGCACUCCUACAGAUGAAGUAAGCUCCAGGAGGUCCCUGACCUCCCCGACUGAACCCAGACUGCCAGAAACCUUCAUCAGCCGUCACAGGAAGAGGACGGAGGCCCUCCUGCGCCGUGCCCCCGGUCAUUGCCAUGGUAACGGUCUGGAGCGCAGCUCGCCGCCGGUGACAGUGACGGUGACGGGUCACUUCAGCCCACGUGAGCUGCUGCGUGGACACAGCGGACACCAGGACAGCCCCGAAACAACACGCCGCCGUGCAGGACACAACAACAACAACUCCACCAACACCACCACCAACGGCUCUCUGAGCUCCAGCAUCAGUCGUCACGAGUCUCUGCGUAGAGACAGGGAGAGAGAGAGCCCACCCAUCCGCCAGUCCCCAUCUGCACUGCACUGCAGUGUCCCUGAACAGCGUACACGCACACUCAACACACACACCAUAGCACAGGACAUUGAGGAGACCAUGAGCCUGGCCCUGAACGAGCUGCGUGAGCUGGAGCGGCAGAGCGGGAAGCCGGACCUGGUGCUCGACACACUGGACCAGAUGAAGAGCAGCCCCUCCCUUCCCUCAGGCUCCACCCCCUCCACCCUGUCCAGCCCAUCGGAUUCACCGAGCCCGCUGAGUCCCCACAGUCCCCUGCCGCCUCUACCUGGCCCUUCGUCCCGCCGCUGCCCCGAGCCCCUCCCCUCACCCCGCAUGGGCGUGACGCUCCGCCCCCCGGCCCUGCGCCCCAAACCUGCCAUCUUACCAAAAACUAAUGCCCAGCCUCCUCAACAGCCCCCGACUCCGCCCCAAAACUUCCCUAAUGACAAAUCAGGCACCAUGUGAGCCUGAAACGGGUCCAACCUGAGGAAAAACAGGGUCGGCAAUAAGCCUGAGGACUGAAUUACACUUACGGAGGGUCAGACAGGGUGAUUGUGUUAAUACUGAAUAGCUUCCACGCAAGAAGAGUCAACUAGAGUUAGUCUACGAUAUUAUAAUCAUUUACCGUGUCGUCAGGGUGGUGUGCGUGCGUGCUUAUUCUCUAAAAAAAAAAAAAUGACUAGGACUUAACCUGUGUCUGUGUGCGUAGAUACUUUUAUAAGGAACACAUUCAGAGAUGGCAGAGAGAGAGCGAGAGAGCGAGAGAGGGAGAGAGCGUGAUUGCAGAUGUUUCAGGAGUCUGGCUUUGGGAAGCAUCAUGGGUUUUUUUUUUUUGAGUCGGUGCAAUGCAUUAUCAGUGCUUUGAUUUGCCACGCCUUAUGAAGGAAUUCCUGCCAAAAAGGGGCCAUCCGUACAAUUUUAUGCUGCUUUCUUUGUUUAUUUUUAAGUUAUUUACUUGAGUUGAAGGAAGUGACACAGGUGCAUCAUGGGAAAAGGGUGUUGAUAGUGAAUGUAGCACCUGGCCUCCGAAAGAGGGACGGGUGAUUUAAAGAAGACUGAAUGUAUUAAAGGAGCAGUAAGCAAAAUGUUCUGUUGAAAUAUAUAAUUAUAAUAAAUAUAAUAUAUUAUGAUAGUCUGUGUGUAAAUAUUUUAUGUCGAUGACCCUGGGGUCAGUGUGAAUAUUGUCAUGUCAAUCAGAGGGACAGAAAUUCGACAAGAGAAACAGAAACCGAAGAGUUGCUUAUUGCUCCUUUAACUGAAUUUUCCAUGUUUUUGGGUUUUUUUUUUCACUCUGAUACCACAUGAAGCCUUGAUCACCACAAAAACCUUCCUGUUCACCGUGGAAACUCAACCUGAUUGGACGCCACGGGAGGGGCGGAGACCAGACGUUCUGAGGGCACUUAUAUCUUUAAUGAGCUUUAAUAAGAUUCUGUUGUGGAGUUGCUUGUGACUGGCGAAGGAAAGGAUGAGGAAGGCGUUAAGAAGCUGGCGUGGUGUGACUGAGCAUGUCAGGCCACACCCUCUCUUUGGUUGCCGUGGUAACACUUCCAUUCUGGCACUGCUGCCAUUAGACACAGACUAACACUCUUAGAAACAAAGGUUCUUCACUUCUUAAAGGGGUUCUCUCUGAGAGGGGAACGCUAAACAGACGAAACCGAGAACUCUUAAGGGUUCUAAAUUUAACCUUUUUUUCUAAGAGUGUAGUGAUUGCCAUUCUGAUUUUCAGCCUGUACUUCCAGUGUGUGUGUGAGUGUGUGUGUGUGUGUGUGCUUUAAUGUUUCAUGUGUAACAGGCUCUCCUGUUAGUGUAUUAGUGUGAUUGGUGAAGAAUAAGAAUCAGAAGUGUGUGGGUGUGUGUGUGUGUGUGUGUGAGGGUUGUUCCAAAUGUAUAGAUAUGCUUAAAGAUGAGGAAUUGCUUCAGCAGAGAGGUCACGUGACUACCAAACAGCCAUGUUUUCACUUUUUUAUGCACAAAUAAUGAUUCUAAUAAUUCUCACUUUUUUCUUGAUUGUUUCUUGAUGAUGGUUUUUUUUUUCUUUUCUACCUGCAAUAUUUUAUACUUAUUUAUUGAUUCUCGUUAAGUGGGUGAUUUUUUUUAAAAACCUCGUUUCUACUGGUGCUCUCUCGCGUGACGGCGUGUGUGCGUACAGACACACACACUUUAUCUCCCUCACACCCACACACACGCACGCCGUGUGUUCACGCGAAAGUGCCUUUCAGGACGUGUGUAUAGAGGAGGAGCCUGUUCUGCUACAGAUGUGUCGUGUGCCUGUCUUUCUCUGAAGCGUCGUUCCAAGAAUGAAAUGUUAAGAAUAGAGCUCUUUCCAAACAUGUAACCACUUUUGAAUGAAUCAUAAGUAUGUACAUUUAACCCAUUGUGACGUUGCACUUUCAUGUAUAGGACUGUAUUUGGCAUGUAGCAUUAUAUCAUGUUGCAGUGCAUUUUAACAAGGUGUCAAAAACUGAAUGUCUUUGAAAUAAAGUAAGUUCAUAUGCCUCACUC